AUGGGUGAUUAUCCACCUAAUGAAAUUGUAGAUAUGAUUCGUCAAGUUGGUCGAGCUGAGGAUAAUUAUUUUCUAGCAGCGCGCUUUUAUGCUGAAAAAUAUCCGAACAAGCGUCAUCCUAAUCGAAAGACUAUAAAAAGACUUUGCACUAGAGCUGAGAGCGGAAGUUUAAAAAGAGAGCGACGCAAAUCAGGUGCUGGUGAAGUAAAAUCUACAGUUAUUGUGGCAGCUGCUAUUGUAGAUCCUCAUAUCUCAACCAGAGAAAUCGAAAAGCAUCAUGGUAUCCCAAAAUCGACGGCCAAUCGAAUUCUGCAGGCUCACAAAUUCCACCCAUAUCACAUUCACAUGCUUCAAAAAUUAGAAGAGACUGAUUAUCCUCGACGUUUAGCUUUCUGUAACUGGGUGCAAGGCCAGGUGGAAGCAGAUCCAGCAUUCGUUAAAAUGGUACUGUUCAGCGAUGAAGCUACCUUCACCAAUAGAGGUGAUGUUAAUAGGCAUAAUAUGCAUUACUAUGCAGUUUCUAAUCCACACUGGAAAAGACAUAAGGAGUUUCAGCGCCAAUGGUCGCUUAACGUGUGGGUUGGCAUUAUUAAUGAUUACAUUGUGGGACCCCAUUUCUUUGAGGAACAUUUAAAUGGUAACAACUAUUUAGAUUUCCUUCAAACUGAGUUGCCAAAUCUUUUAAGAAAUGUACCUCUUAAUAUUCAGGAAAUAAUGUGGUUCCAGCAAGAUGGGGCUCCGGCACAUCGAUCGCGACUAGUAAAAAAUUACUUGAAUGAGCAGUUCCCAAAUAGAUGGAUUGGUCUGGGAAGUACUGCACAGGCUUGGCCACCACGAUCACCAGACUUAACUCCUUUGGAUUUCUUUCUCUGGGGUUAUGUCAAAGAGAAAGUCUCUAAAACGGAACCCACAACAAUGGAAGAUAUGAAAGAGAGAAUUCGAAGAGCAUGCCGAGAUAUAACUUCACGUUUUCUUCAAGAUGUGAGAAAUUCCUUUCAAGAAAGGAUUAACAAAUGCAUCGAAGUUAAUGGGGAGGCAUUCGGACAUUUCAAAUAG